AGCCUAUUUUAAAUCACUUCGUCGCUCAUCUGUAGCCGACAGGCGAAGCAGCGAGCGGAGCUCCGGAGAGGAGACCGUUAACACAAGGGGAGGGGAUGCGCACGCAGUACCUACACCUCAGUGGCUCACGCUCAUCAGCCGCGUUAUUAUCGCGGGGCAUCUGACUAACCGGCCGCACCGUGAACCUGCAGGAGCCGCUCGCCGCGGGGGGACCAUGAUCAACAUGAAUCGCUCUCCGGACAGCAGGACUUGAGAAAUCACCGAAACUGUCCCUCAUAGUACACCCAGAAUUUCCUCCACUUCUAUCACCUGGAAUUGCUUCAGCACCAGAACUAAUCAUGCUGUGGAAAACGGGACUGAUUUUUCUGUGCUGGGGCUUGACGUCCGGGGAACUCCAGGACAGGCAGUCCGGUACUCCUGCUGCUCCAGCGCGGACAACUUUGGAUUUCGGCUUCGUCCCCUCCGGAGUUUACGAUACUGUCGCCUAUUACGAGCCUGGCGCCAUUGGGAUUUUAUUUAAUAUGAUGCACGCUUUCCUCUAUGUGGUUCAGCCCAACCCGUUUCCUGAAGAUCUCGUCAUUAGAGUGGCAAAGGAUAAAUUCGGAGCCAUACAAUCCGAGUACCAGAAGCCAGAAAACAUUGUUCUGACGCUACAGGUGAUUUAUUAUGAGCUUGGUUUUGUGGUGUGUGCGGCACUGGGCCUGCUGUUCACCGUGCUGCUACCGCUGGUGGGGCUUCUCUUUUGUUUGUGCCGCUGCUGUGAUAACUGCGGAGGAGAGAUGCACCAGAGACAGCGGAAGAACGCAGACUGCCUUAGAGGACUGCUGACCACGCUGUUACUCACCACCACCUUCAUUAUCACGGCAGGGGUCCUUUGUGCAUAUGCAGCCAAUCAGAACCUGAGUUCUCAGCUGAAGAGCAUGAGGAGGCUGGUGAAGAGUAACCUGAAAGACCUGCACACCUUCGCCAAUCAGACCCCAGCACAAAUUGAUUACCUGAUCUCCAAGUAUGACACCGUGAAGCAGCAUGUGCUGCAUGACCUGGAGAAUGUAGGUGUGAUCUUGGGUGGACGGAUACAUGAGGAGUUGGGAAAAGACGUGCAGCCCGCCCUCGACGCGGCUCUCAGCAUGACUGGAAUUAAAGUGGAGAAAGCCAUUAAAGCAAUGCGAGACACUAAGGAUGCUCUAGAGAAUGUGAGUUUGACCUUGGAGACUUUGCAGGAAGGAACAGUCAAGGUGCAGGCGAACCUCAGCCUGGUGCGUGGCAGCCUUAGCAACGCCCUCAACGAUCCUGUCUGCACAGAUGCACGAUCAUCUGAGAUUUGCCUCAACAUACGUAGCACCCUUCCCAAGCUAGAAAUUGCAGCCAACUACUCAUCGUUGCCUGAUGUGACCAACCAGUUAGACAGAGUGAAUGAAGUUCUAAAGACAGAUCUUGGUCAGAUUGUGGAAAAGGGCUUUGCAUCAUUCAAUGACACUCCCAACUUGGUAACAGAUCAAACCCGAAAUAUUGUGGAAGGGGUGAAGGUUCUUCUGGACGAUGUUGGAUCAAACAUCACCACUUUCACCAAGCUCUUCCCGGUUCACAGCACUCUGACCAACUUCACCAAAAUGAUCUCUCACACACACUCGCAGAUCGAGGACAUAUACCCUCAGGUCGAUCAGAUGGAUUUCUACAGGUGGAUCUGUUGUAUUACCCUGUGCUGUAUGGUUGUGCUUAUCCUCGCCUUCAAUUUUCUGGGUUUGUUGUGUGGUAUUCUGGGAUUUGACAGACACGCCACUCCAACCACACGUGGCUGUGUCUUUAACACAGGAGGCAACCUGCUCAUGGCUGGUGUGGGCUUCAGCUUCCUGUUCUCCUGGGUGCUCAUGGGAGUGAUAACAGCUCUGUUCUUGGCCGGUGGGAAUUUAGAAAAGCUUGUGUGUGAACCCUUUCAAACCCGACAGCUGUUUAAAGUGUUAGAUACUCCCAACUUGGUCAACUCUGCUUGGAAAAACUUCAUACCAGGAUACCUGUACAAUGAUCCUGAGAUGGACCUUACAGCAUAUUCUCUCUACAGUAAUUGUAAAGACAACAGAGGGAUUUACUCAGCUCUUCAUCUGGAUAAGGUCUUCAACAUCUCGGCCUUCUUUAACACCAGUGUUUACUCCAAGGAUGUGUCGAGGAAGUUUGAAGGGAUGAAGGUGGACCUGCGUGGCAUCAUUCUUCUGGAGUCAGAAGGCAAACAGAAUCUCAUCAGCUUCACUGAAACUGGCAUUAAUGAGAUUGACUUUGCUGCCUAUUUGGAGGAGGUUAAUAAAGGAGUGACUCUCAUUGAUCUAGUUGAUUUCGCUAGUCAACUUGAUGCUCAAGCUGAUCAGUUGUCUAAAGGGACCUUGCAGACCUCAUUAAAGGGACACGCUAAUACUGUAAGGCAGAUCCACAUCCAACAGGUCAUCCCGCUGGAGCAGUCCAUGAAAUAUGUGAAAGCAAGGAGCACACUUAAUCAGAGCAUCAGACUUCUGGAGAGGACAUCCUCAGACCUACCUGUCAGAGUUAGAGACGUACUAGCAGCCGUUGAUGCCGCCCAGUACCUAAUUUCCCAAAAUGCAACAUUUGUGAUCAAUCAGGAAACCGAGAAAUACAAGCAGACUAUUAUUGGCUAUUUCAAGCAGUAUAUCGACUGGAUCAGAACAUCUCUGGCCCUGGAGGUGGCUACCUGUAAACCACUCAGCAACAUUGUGGACACGGCCGAGAUCCUGGGCUGCAGUUUCCUGCUGGAUUCAAUGAACACAUUCUGGUUUGGACUGGGCUGUUCCACACUGUUUCUGCUCCCUAGCAUUAUCCUGUCUGUCAAACUUGCCAAGUUCUACCGCAGAAUGGACACAGAGGAUGUCUAUGAUGACAUUGAGACAAUUCCCAUGAAAACUAUGGAAAUUGGUAUUAAUGGUUAUUAUAAUGAACAUUUAGAAGGUAUCCAAAAUCCUGUAAUGGCAAGCAUCCCUACUUAUGACACUAUGACUCGAUUCCCACGGGCCUCUGCGCCCCCGCGCCACGCCGACUGGUGACUCUGAGGAGGACGGUCUGUCUUGUAACUACAGAAAGUGAUAUUGGAAACUGGAAUUAAACCUUUGUGGAAUACUCUCUCUGUCAACGGCAGGCUCAGCUCUUAAGAAAAGGAAACUCACAUACUUGAAGCUGGGACCUGUUGUCCAUGUUCCCAUCACAUCAAGAUGACUUUUAUCGAAUUGUUGUUGUUUUGACUAUUUUGCACCCUUAUGAUUAUAGUACUGUCUUAUGGACCCCUCAACGAGCUAUUCUCUGAUGUCACAUCCUGUCAUAGUCAGGGAGGCUUCACAGUAUAUGGCUGUUUUAACUAUUACACGUGUCUUUGUUUACAGUCAUUGAGAAAUCACGUGUGAUGAGCAUAACAAUGCUUCGACUGCUGCAUUCUUAUUUUCCUUGUGUUUCCUUUUUUCUUUUUAUAGUGCUUUUUAACAUUGUGGAGAAUUCAACAUGUUGCCGAGUCUUGUCCACUGAGCGCCCAAAUGGGUUUUUAUUGAAACAGAUCAAGCCAGCCACCCAUGAGCCACAAAUAUUACAUGUAAACAAGGAUAUGUAGGUGUUUGAAAACAUGCUAAGUGCUAACUAGUGCUAAUUCGGUACAGAUAGAUGUUGUCAAGCCAUUUCGAGGGUGAAUGCAUUGUUGCCUUUUCAGAUUUUUAGCUAGUGGUACAUGUUAGCCACAAGUCACAAGAGCAGGUCUUUGAUUAGUUUUACCUAGUUACUGAAGCUGAGAUCACUAAACAACAUGUGAUACUGAGCUGUGGUUUGCCAUUUAAGACAUCUAUAUGUGUUUAUGCUCACUUUUGUACUGAAAAUUUAAGAUAUGAUGCAUCUGGAUUUAGUAACACCCCUGAAAGAUCUUGCUAGUUUUACAUACUUUAGUUUCGCUGAAUAUAUCAGUUAUUAAUGAUAUUUCGGUUCCUAAUUUUGCUGAUUUAACAACAGUUGUUCCCCAACACAUUGUUGGAUUACUGUAAUCUAC